AUUAAUAUUACAGCUUUGUUUUCUGUGGCUAAAAAUAAACAAAAUUUUGUAAACAAUUCAGUGAAAUUUUUAAUAUAGUACGACAUUUAUAAUAUCUAUAUAUAAGUAGUGCAUUAACAUGCAUUGAAUUGCAAACCGUCCAGCUUUCAGAGAAAUACUUAAAACUCUUACUAAAAAAAUAGAUUUUAUAUUAUGGAUGAUUUGGCUCAAACAUGUCGAACGUGUCUAAAUAAAGAGCAAAAACUUUUAGCAAUUAGUUCACUAAUUGAGUCAAAUUGCAGUAUUAAAGAUUAUUUCGAGAAGUAUUUACAGAUAAACAUGUCUGAAAAUGAUGAUUUACCUUCGAAUGUGUGCUUAAAGUGCUUAAAUAAAUUACUGGACGUAAGAAAAUUUUUUAUACAAUGUCAGGACUCUGAAAAUUAUUUAAAAUUAAAAUUACAAAUUCCUCCAAAAAAUGCAUGUGCUAAAUUUACAACUUGUGAUAACGUUGAAACAGAAGUCAAAAAAGGGUUUGAAAAGUUAAGUAAAAACCCUGAUAAAGUUGGUAUAUUAAAUUUUGAAAAUAAAUUUUUGGAUAACGGAAAUGACCUUACAACACUGAAAAAAAGUGAUUUGAAUGAAGAAUAUUUAGAAAUAGAAGAAUUGAAAAAUGAUGAUAAGUUUCAAGAUCAAUCAAAAUUUAAUGAUAUUGAAAAUGAAACUUCAGAAAGUUAUUCUUCCUCAGACGAUUUUGUACACUAUGAAAUACUUGAAGAAUAUACACGAGAUCCAAAAAUCAGUCAAAGUGGUUUUAAAACCCAAAUGUUCAAAUGUAGCGAUUGUCAAGAAACUUUUGAAUUUUUCAAAAAUCUGCAGCACCAUAUAAGGCUUUGCCAUGACAUAAAAUUUUUGAAUACAGCUCGUAUUACAGAAAUAGAUCACGUAUUAUAUGAAAGUACAAAACGCUUUAAUAAAACCGCUUUAAAAUGCAAAUACUGUCAAAAGAAAUUUGGUAAAAUUUUCAAAUUGAAAUGGAAAAAUUUGAUUGUUUUUUUUUUGACAGCUUUUAGAACAAAUUAUAAUAUCCAUUUGAGAAGGCAUCUCCAAAGUAAAAAGCAAUUAAAUGAAAGUUGCGUUUGUUCAAUAUGUGGUAAAAGUUUUGAAGACAAACGAAAACUACAGAAGCACACUUAUAGGCAUAAUAAUAAAAAUAAUAAAGUUUCUUGUCCAAUUUGCAGUAAAACUUUUAGAGCUAGAUACCAUCUUAACAUUCAUAUGAAUCAGCACACUGGUGCAAAACCGUUUCCUUGUAACAUUUGCAAAAAAAAAUUUGUUUCACCUUCUAGUUUAAGAUUACAUAAGACUCUACAUGAAGGUAAAAAGAUUCAAUGUCCUAUGUGUGAUACCAAAUUAGCUGCACGAACUCAGUUAAAAUUACAUAUGAGGAUGCAUACCAACGAACGGCCAUACGCAUGCACACAAUGUCCUAAAAAAUAUAAACAAUUAUGUGCAUUAAAAGUUCAUCUUGCAACACACUCUGGUAUUAAAUCCGUACAAUGUGAAGAAUGUUCAGCUUGCUUUUAUACCAAAAAUCAUUUAUUAUCGCAUAAAAUUAAAAUUCACAGACCUAAAAGAUUUCAUUGCAACAUAUGCCCAAGGCAAUGUCCAACUCCUUUUCUCAUGAAAAGUCAUUUAUCAUCAGUUCACAAAAUAUACCCAAAAGACUUAAGUCCUUACGAAAUAAAUAAUCAAAAUGUGUCCUAAGUUUACUUUAAUAAUAAAAUUUGCAAAUAUGAAACUUAAAGGUAAUUCACAAAUCAAGCACUUUUUAGAAUAAAGUUUUACA